AUGGCAAGCCUGGUAAUCUUCGACUUCGACGGGACACUGUUCGACACCCACGAGUCGAUUGAGCAAUCUAUCAAACUCACCUUCGAGGCUUUGCUUCCUGACCACGUUCCGCCGCAGUCGGACAUCCACUCGCUGAUCUCCAAGGGAACAGGCCUAUCAGAUACAUUCCAGUCUCUGCACCCCGAUAUCGAAGCCUACACGGCGGCAGCGGACGAAUGGACAGCCAAGUAUCGAGAGAUCUACGCCUCUCACGGCCAGAAACUCGUCAAGGCUUUCCCCGGAGCCCAGAAAGUGCUACAAACCCUCAAAGAGUCCGGUAUUCCGAUGUCCAUUGUGAGUAAUAAGGGGGUUGGCGCUGUGAGGAAGGCGCUAGAACGGAACGGUCUGGGCGGAUAUGUUCCCGAGGACUUGAUUAUAGGGGACAGCACGCCUGGAGCAAAGAAGAAGCCUGACCCGGCUAACUUCACGGAUAUACUGAUACCCACGCUCAAAAGCCGACAUGGGGUUACCAACCUCGAUACCGGUACAGUGCUGGUCGUUGGGGAUACGGUGGCGGAUAUCCAAUUUGCGAAGAACAUCGGCGGUCGCGCAUGCUGGUGCCAGUACGGCUUUGGAGAUCAGGAUGCGUGCCGAAAAAUGGAGCCUGAUAUGGUCGUUCGCUCCCUGGAUGAAGUAGCAGCUCACGUUCGUUCGUCGGUAUAG